CGAUCGGGUGUCAUUCUCUCCAUCAAAAAAGUUUGCAUGGGGACUACUGCUGGGGGAUGUUCAAUAUCUGAUUAUUUUCAGGUCUUCUCCCUGUCUUCCCUCCGCUCCGUUAUCUCGAUCCGGAUUUAGUACCAUAUUUUUCCAUCUUAGAUAAUAUUCGAAGUGGGUGACCGAUUGGGACGAACCCUGGAGGCCAUUUGCAACUCCGAGAAGGAUUAAACGAAGGCAUUCAAGGAAGAGGUCGAGGAAACAGACUGUGGAUAUCACCAGACUGGACGGACGGAACCAACAAAAGGCCUCACUCGGCUGUGGCUGUAGAGGCCGACACAGUCAAUAGUUUCGCAUAAUGACUGCUACGCUGAAUGGGAUGUUCAAUUCGGCCCCAGAUACACCGUCGCCCGUCUAUCCCGACAGACUGAUCCGACCCCUCCCCAAGCGUCCACUCCGGUCCCGGUUGUCCUCCGAGGCCGCCGAUUCAAUCCUGUACCCUCCUGCUCCACCGGCAACGCAGCUCUUUUACGGAGCGUUGUCCAACGGGGAUGUAGCAAACGAGUCCAAAGUAUAUGUGCAACAGGGCGAUGGUCGCGAUCAGAGUCCCGACGGAGACCACCAUAUUCUUUAUGAGAAUGGCGUUGACUUGGACAGCGGCGACGAAGAUGGACCUGUGGUAGUCCGACGGAGUGCGGGUUUUCGUGGGUCGUCCCUGUCGCCUACGCCUUCUGGCGCGCAACACAAACCACUUCCCAGCAACGGGAAAGGGCAACCGGCCAAGUCCUCCCCGACCGGCCCUGACGGAUACGACGCAUUUGAGAACACUAACAACAAGAAAAAGCGCAAGAUACCAACACCCGGUAACUUGGGCAGUCAUCACUCUUCUUUGUCUCCCGAAUUUGCUACGAUGGGAUUAGCAAACUCUGCUCAAAACCCCUCGGUAUCAUCUGGCGAUGGGGGCCAUGUAAGUACGUUUUACGGUACUGGAAGCCCCGCAUCUCCGGUGGGCAAUGGGAUAUCGGGUUCCGGCAGGGGCCGACUUGGUCGGCAAGGGAGACGAUCUUCAGUACACGGGCAUGGUACUUGGUCACAAGGUCGGACUCCAGGUCGUCGGGACGGGCCGUUGUCUUCGCCGGGGCCAAAUGGAGAGUCUGCGCGGAACCAUGGUAUCAUCUCCGCAGCCAUUGCGAAUGCUGCCGCCUCGGCGCUCUCCUCAUCGCCAUAUCGGGGCUCACCUCAAGGUAGCAUGCUCGAACAGCAGUCUACCCCGACGAGGACGCAGUUCACCUUUACGUGCGAGUCCGACUCCUCCAAAGGCAUGGCAAUGCAUGCACAAACGUCAUACCCACAACAUCGGCCACCCGUUACCCAGCCGCCAACAGGGCAAAAUUCGCGGUUUUCAACACAAGCAACGCAGACGAGCCCGACUGUGCCAUCACAGGCGAGCGCAAACACUCAACAGCAACAACCACAGCACCCAGCUGGGUCUGUAGAACCGGCCAACGUGGAGAGAAAGAAGAAGCGGUCGCCCGGGAGCAUAUAUGCGUUGGCUGCGCGUCAACGAAAAAUCCAGCAACAAUAUGCAAACCUCCACCAUCCGCCCACUCUCGAAGACAUUUGGAUCUGUGAGUUUUGCGAGUAUGAGAGCAUUUUCGGGCGACCACCAGAAGCUCUCAUCCGUCAAUACGAGAUCAAGGACCGUAAAGAGCGCAAGCGGCUAGCGGAGAAGAAGCGGCUGUUGGAAAAAGCUAAAAUGAAGGGACGCAAGCAUAAGAAGGCGCCUAAGAAUACAUCAAAGCAUGCUAAUGCCCAUCAUGCAUCCUAUGACCAGGGGUAUGACCGGGCAUCGGCUGAUCAUUCUUCACUUGGCGGGGGAGGACAGCAUGACGAUGAGUACCAGGGGCCUGAGUACGACGAUGAAGCGCCAGCUGCAGCCGCACCAGCUGCUCCGGCGGGGACGUUCAAACCGCCGCUCCCCCCAGGAAGCGCGGCCAAGAAACCGACUGCCACUGGGUCAGGGGGGAGAGGAGUGAUGGAAGGAGGCGUGGAGCCUCCCUGACAAUAGAUGAGGAGGUGUGCCUUUGGGUAAUGUGUUGCAUUGGGUUGAGUUUACUUUUUGAUUUACCCACAUUUGGUCUUGCAUGGUCGAUUAGCCUUUGUCAUUUGUAUCCACGAAUCUCUGCUCCCAUUGUCUUUUUGAUCAGCGUCAUGUCAACAAUCACGCAUGCAAUCUUUCAGGUGGACAUAGGUGUUCAAUUAUUGGUUGGUGUUGAAACAAAACAGGGGGUGUCUCUGUAUGUUUGUCGGAGAGUACGAGUAGACUUGGAGAGACGCUAGCUUAUAGCCGUCUAUGAAUAGGUCAUGUCUAAUUGAAUCUAUCUUUAACUUGGAUCCCGGCGACUAAAUCGGGCCUGAGAGCCUAGUUCGGGCGAUCUCGUCCAGUCGAUUGGGCGGGUCGUCGGGUCCCUGCGACGGCGCUUCGACGACCACCAGCAGCGGCUCAAACUCACUGUUGCAGGCUUUGGCGCGCGCGAACCACAACAACGAUGUGUUUCAGAAUGAUACUCGGACAAAGAAUCAGUGGCUGGCAGAGCUUUGGAUUAUGGAGCUGUCAAUCCUGGGUCUGACACGCAGUUCUUCAGCAGCUGGUCUUAGUCCAUUCAAUAAUGAGCAGUGCCUCGUAUGCUUCAGACAACAAUAAGAUAUAAAGCAGAAGUUCCUGCAGCUGUCUCAAUAUUCAUUCUUCAGCCCAGCUUAACUCUUUCGACUCCAGACUCCGUUUCAUUUUCCUUUUCAUCUUCUCUUUCUUUUCUUUGUUCACAUUCUCUCUUUCCCAGGCGGACAAUACUAUAUCUUGCGCCAGCGCAUCCCAUCCAAUCUUUCCACAUCUAGACUCGUCUUUUUGUAUACAUCUUUUGACACUCCUACUCGAAGUAGGCACAACCAACGCUCCUUCCUUUUGCAUCUCAUUACCAUAUAAAGAUUCUCAACCCACCUCCAUAAUGUGGUUCGUCCUCUUCAAAAUCUUCCGCUUCGGCUACUCCGAGACCAAAAAAUACAAAGCCAAAAAGGC